AUGGGGAUCUGGAGCGCGUCGGUUCUGACGUUGCGCUGCGCGCUGUUUUGUUACUUGAUGUUUUCAGCAUCUGCGCCUUACUUCAGGUACUUUGCCCUUUUACGCUGUGACCUCGUUACCAGGUAACAAGCCUGACUCGCCACAGACAUCUAGGUGGCUCCAGGAGAUGUUGAAGAGUUCCUGUGCAGUGUGGAGAAUUCUGUACUGGGGCCGCGCCUCCCUUCUCUUUCGCGGGGCCCUGGGCCUGGUGUGCGACUCCCCGUUGCUGUUAUAUCGGCCUCGGAUGCUUCUAGCGAACACCUUCCGACAACGUCUUCUUUCCGAGGAUGUCUCUCUGGUCUCCAAAUCCUUCUCCCUUUGCUUUGACUUGGCCGAUUCGAAAAAUAUCCGCCAGCUCCAUCAUCGAGGAGGUUACACGAGGGUCUUCCCCGGUGGUCGUUGGCUUCUUUCAACUGCUCUUGCAAGAACCCAGAAUGACAGGGUUUUGAUCGUAUUUUACUGGUUUGAUCUCAAGACUGCCGUCUGGUCGGACGAUUCCCCAUCAACGCUGUAUCCUUCCCUCCGUCAUAUAGUCGAAGCUGGCCGAGCCCGGGAUCCUGGAGUCCUCGACGUGCUGGAGAAUAUUCGUUUUCAACUACACUUGGAUGAAGCAAAGGCCGUAAUCGCUGUCAAGGCGGUCACUUCGGAACAUAGAUUCAAUGUCCCACUCUCAAAAUUCGUGGUGCUGGAGUUCUUCUGGGAGGAGGGCCAUGUCAGGGAACACACUCUUGUAACCGAGAAACGUGACAGCGAUGUUGUGGAUUGGGCGCUGCGAGGCGACAACGUGCAUGUCUGUUACCACACCGCUUAUCUGCUGUGGGACUUUAAAUCCCCUAUCUCACUCCUACUUCGGUUCACUCACACUCGCUUUCCAAUUCCAUUAGCAAUGCAUCUCUUGCAAGGGGGAAACGCCUCACUAACAGUCAGCUCCGAUAUUCCCGAGGGGAUCCUCUUUGCGACCAUUACCCACGAUGACGAUUUCAGUCAUAUUCUCGUCAAUAUGCAGAUUCAUGCCCACCCGUCAUUGGCAGGCUACCAAUUCCUCGGCAUUCAGCCCUGGUCCCGCGUUAUCUCUCAUAGAGAAAAUUUACACGAUCGCUUCGUCGUAAGAGCCAACUCGGGAACCGGGGCGGAGCAGAAUGUGGAUGUCUUUUUAGUUGAACGCUACCAAUCCGAUCCGUACCUCACCGUUGGGAUUUGGGAUGGUCUGUCCAAAUUUUUCGAGGAGCCUGUCAUUGACCCUCAUGAGGAUGAAGGCUCUCUGGUCGCUUUCCGCCGUGAGGUACAAAUUGAGGGGCGAUCAAGUUCGGCGAGAUUCUGCUCGCUGGACAUUACCUGUCAAACCUCGCGUCUCCCGUUGCCUUUGGACAGUGAACAGUCAGGGACGCUGAAGAUCUGCAGCCCCUUCUGCGGAGUUGCUGGAUUCUUCUCCGCUAUCGCUGCGUCAGAGAACGGGGGCAUGGUGAAAUUCUAUAUUUUCUAUCCAGAGAUCUCGGAUGCUGAGCUGAUCAGGAACGGUGCGAUGGUGCCACCAUAGUAGGACGUCUAUAUCGAUGAUAUGCACUGCCUUUCGUUGGCUCGCUGACGUCCUUUCCAUUUGUUUGCCCUCCUUUAACCUAACUUCAUUCACCUUCUAUCGUGCAA